AACAAAAAAAAAAACAGAAUAUUAUAAACAAAAAAAAAAAGAGACAUGUCAGUCUGUACAUAACUCAUCCGAUCUAGAGAAGCCUUGAGAACUAAAGCCGGUUUCGGAUAAGGGUCUGAAACAGGGCCACGAAGAAGAUCUUUGGAGAGAGAGAGAGAGAUGUUGUUGGUGGCGACAGUGGCGGAGAUGAUGGAGGAGUACACGGCGGUUCUGGCGAGAGUGUUGGAGCAUCUGUUCGCACAAGCUCCAUUCCCUCGGCGAAUCCGUCUCCGUCUUCUCUAUUCCCUCCCUUUUCAUUCCUCUCUCCCCCCCUCCUCCUCCGAGUUCGUGACCCGGUCAAGAACGAUCCGAGUUAGGACGAUUUAAAAACCCCACAACCCAAAGAAAAAGAAAAUCUCUUCUUGUUCAUGGGUUCUUGUAUUUUUUUUUCUUGUCUGUGUUUUUUCUUUCCUUGUGUGUAUAUGACUGACUCUUGAGAGGCUUUGCCGUGUAAAAAUCGAUGCUUUGUGUUUAUGGUUUCAAUGUAUCUGAUGAUCCCUUCAGACAUUAUCCUUUUGUCUUCUGUUGCCGUUUCAACUUCCAGCUGACUUUGUCUGUAUCA